CCCCCCCCCCCCAUUUUUUUAUCAAUCGCUGAUUUUGGCUGAUGGGGCUCCCCUCCCCCCCCGCAGGGCCCCCCACUUCUGCCCCACCUGCGGGACCCACUUCAGGGACCCCCCGGCGCGGCACCGCAGCUCCACCGCCCACCUGCUGGCGCGGGGGGGGGGCGCCCCCCCGCCCCUCCCCCCCUUCCACAUCCCCCCCACCAACGUGGGGUUCCGCCUGCUGCUGCGGGGGGGCUGGGACGGGCGGGGGGGGCUGGGCCCGGCGGGGGAGGGGCCCCGCGCCCCCCCCCGCACCCUCCUCAAACGGGACCGGGGGGGGUUGGGGUUCGCGGGGGGGGAGGGGCGGCGCCCCCGACCCCGCGUCACCCAUUUCGGGGCGGGGGACGUCGCCGCCGUGGCCGGGCCCCGCCGGGGGGGGGGCGGGGGGGCGCCGGCGGGGGGGAGGGGGCCCGGCCCCCCGCUCGGAGGCGGCGGCUCGAGCCUGGGAGCGGCGGCUGCGGGCCUACAUGGGGCAGUGAGACCCCGCCCCCCAAGGGCCCCCGUGUACCCCUCGCCCCCCAAGUACCCCCCUGACCCCCAACCCCCCCUGUGACCCCCGAGUACUCCCCACCCCCCAACCGCCCCUGUGACCCCCAACGGCCCCCUGACCCCCAAGUGCCCCCCGGCCCCUCAAGUCCCCCCCAGGGCCUCCCCGACCCCCUCAGGACCCCCUCUGUGCCCCCCAAGUCCCCCCCAUCAUCCCCCACCUCUCCGGUGCCUACCAACUCCUCCCGGAGCAUUUUGGGGCCAAACAUGGCGUUUCCAGCCCAACGGCCGCCAGGGGGCGCCGGCGCUGGACGCCGCUUCCGCCCCGCACCUGACGUCACUUCCGCCCGCGCUUGACGCCGCUUCCGCCCGGCGCCGCCAUGGCCGCCCGCCGGCACCGCGGCGAGACCCCAACCCCCCCCCCCGCGGCGACCCAGGCGACCUUUGACCUUUGCCCUCAGAAGGCCGUGACCCCCCGUGACCCCCCGGGGCCGGAGCUGCAGGGCGGAGCGGCUGCUGCACGUGUGGGGAGAGCCCGGAGCCAGGACCCCACGGAGAUGCCGAUGCUGGCAGCGCUUGCCGCGCGCCCGGGGGGGCCGGAGCUGCUCCAGACGCGCCGUGGGGACAAACCGGCCGCCCACGUCGUGGCCUCCUCCUCCUCGCCGCGGGAGCUGGUGUGGGACGACCAGGUGGCGCCGUCGCUGGUGCGCAACGGGGUGCGGCUGCGGCGCAACCGCCUGGUGGUGCCGCGCGACGGCCUCUACUUCGUCUACGCCGCCGCCGCCUUCCAGGGGGGCCGGUGCCCCCCCCGCGCCGCCGCCGCCCGGCCCCUCCGCCUCUCCGUCUCCCGCUACUCCGAGGAGUACCCGCGCGACGUGCCGCUGCUCACCGCCGUGCGCUCCGUCUGCCCCGGCGCCCGCCGCCGCGCGCGGGGCCGCGGGGGAGCAGGGGGAGGGGGGGGACGGGGACGGGGAGGAGGAGGAGGAGGAGGAGGAGGGGGAGGCGAAGGGCGGCAGCUCUGGUUCGAGUCGCUCUACCAGGGCGCCGUCUUCCAGCUGCGCCAGGGCGACGAGCUGUCGGCCACCACCACGGCCGGGCGCUUCCUCGACCUGCACGGCGGCGGGCAGGCCUACUUCGGCGUGGUGGGGGUCGACUGAGGGCGGGGGCGGGGCGGGGGGGCGGGGGGGGGGGCCGGCGGGGGCGGCAGGGCGAGGGGUGGCGGUCGGUAGGGCCCAGAGUGAACAGGGAGAGGCUGGGACUCAGAGCAGUCAGUAGGGGCCAGAGUGAACAGGGAGAGCCCGGGGCCUGGAGGAGUCAGUAGGGUCCAGAGUGAACAUGGAGGGGUCAGGACCCAGAGCAGUCAGUAGGGUCCAGGGUGAACAUGGAGGGGUCAGGACCCAGCGCAGUCAGUAGGGUCCAGGGUGAACAUGGAGGGGUCAGGACCCAGAGCAGUCAGUAGGGUCCAGGGUGAACAUGGAGAGCCCAGGGCCUGGAGGAGUCAGUAGGGUCCAGAGUGAACAUGGAGAGCCCAGGGCCUGGAGGAGUCAGUAGGGUCCAGAGUGAACAUGGAGAGCCCAGGGCUUGGAGGAGUCAGUAGGGUCCAGAGUGAACAUGGAGGGGCCGGGACCCGGAGCAGUCAGUAGGGUCCAGAGUGAACAUGGAGAGCCCAGGGCCUGGAGGAGUCAGUAGGGUCCAGAGUGAACAUGGAGGGGCCGGGACCCGGAGCAGUCAGAAGGGUCCAGGGUGAACAUGGAGAGCCCAGGGCCUGGAGGAGUCAGUAGGGUCCAGAGUGAACAUGGAGAGCCCAGGGCCUGGAGGAGUCAGUAGGGUCCAGAGUGAACAUGGAGAGCCCAGGGCUUGGAGGAGUCAGUAGGGUCCAGAGUGAACAUGGAGAGCCCAGGGCCUGGAGGAGUCAGUAGGGUCCAGAGUGAACAUGGAGAGCCCAGGGCCUGGAGGAGUCAGUAGGGUCCAGAGUGAACAUGGAGAGCCCAGGGCUUGGAGGAGUCAGUAGGGUCCAGAGUGAACGUGGAGGGGCCGGGACCCGGAGCAGUCAGUAGGGUCCAGAGUGAACGUGGAGGUCGCGGCCGCCACCCCUGGCUCUGGGGGGGGGGGGGGAGGGGCAGCGCUUUAUUUAUUGUCCUAUUUAUGUAUUUAUGGGGGCGCCGGGCGGGGCCGCGCCGCGGUGGGCCCCGCCCCCGCCCGGGCGCUCCGAGGGGGCGGUUUUGGGGCGGAAUCGGCGGGUUUCGGGCGCGGGGGGUUAAUUUAUUGCCGCGGGGUCGUUCCCGGCGGCGCCGGAAGCGCAAUAAAAGCGACGAGAUUU